AUGGGAGUUCUGGAGAGCAUGGGUGUUCCUGAACCUCAAUGGAUAUUGGAAAGAACUGAAGGUGGGAGUCUUUUUUGGAGAAGAGAUACAGACCAGAAACGGAGAGUCAAAUUUCGUUGUGACGUGGAUGUGAAAGAGUUCCAUAGAGAUGCACAUGAGUUAGAAGAGUGUGAUUGGUCUAGCGAACUACCUUAUGGCUACCAGUUCCUGAACGUCAGUCUUACGUGUGUGUUUUGCCUCACAAUAACUGUCAUGCUCCCCUGGUAUAUACUUUUAGGCAAAAUGAGCUAAUAAUUGCUGGACUUGUAACAAAAAUUGGUUUUAACAUAUGUGAUAGAUAUUUCAACAGUCUACAAUAAGUAUUGCACUGCUAACUCUGAAUGAUGCAAGUCUUAUGAUAAGUAUAUACGAGUACAGUGCAAAAUUGCAAAAAAAAAUUUGUUGAGCUCAGGAAAGGGGUAUAAUUUUAUUCGGUUCUUAUUUACCAGUGAUGUUAAUUUUUGUACUGCUAUUUUGAAAGAUACGAAUCCAAACCAAAACAGACAUUUGCAAAGCAUAUAAUAAAAUAGUCGUUACAUUCCAGACUUACAUCGUCAGAGACAAAAAUUCACAUCAUUAUUACAUAAUUAAUAUUCUGUGAUUGACGUUGAAUGUGAUAUGUAUGAACGUAUAGAUGGCGUGACCUUAUAACCUUUUAAUGAUAUAAAUUCAUAAAUUGAUUUAAAAUCAUAUCCAAGUCACAUUAGCUUAGCAUGAGCGAUUGUAUUGGAAAACUUUGAGAUGAAACAUAUAAUCCGGGUAAUUCUCUGUAAAGAAUGAUUUGUAAAUAUUCUUUUUAUAGAUAUUAUGAUCUGUAGAAGGCAUUCUUAAAAGUUGAAUACAGUCUGUUGAGUGUUAGGUACACUGUGCCUUCGUAUAUAGGGUGUCCAAUAAGUACCACGACAAACUUAAGGAGAAGGUAGGCUUUGAACUGACCUCCCAAAUAACAAAAACUUACCCACAUAAAAGUGUCACCGUUAAUGAGAUAUUGGAUUUUUUCUUAAAUUUAAAAAAAACGAACCUUUUCACCUGUGGUCUUUAGCUGCAUGUACAAAUAAGGUUAUACUUUGUUCAUUUUUUCUAUAAAAUACUUCUAGAUAGUUGCUUUAUCCUAUACAAAUGCAAUGUAGUUAAAAGAUAUUAAGGAAACAUGAUAAAAUAAGGACAGAUUUAUAACCUUCUGAUGUUGUUUCCUCAACUUUCAUAGAAUCAUAUCAGGAACAGGUAAUAAUAAUGUAGCUUUGUACUAUUUAGCAUGUCACUGAUCGGUAACCAGUGCAACUUGAAUUUAAAUCAAAUAAUUACAUUGUCGUGUGUGUCAGUCACUUACAAAAGCAGCUAUCACUUUUUUCUAUUCCAAAUAGUACGUGUGGUGCCUUUCUGAAAUCCGUAUUCAAUGAGCAAUAUUUUUAUUCAAUAUAAUGCAGUUAUAGCCCAGUACAUUUUUGUUUCACCACAGAUGGUUAAAGUUGAGGAAAAAAUAUCAGAAGGUUAUAAAUCCUUAUUUGAUCAUGGUUCCUUAAUAUCUUUUAACUACAUUGCAUUUGUAUAUGAUAAAGCACUAUCUAGAAGUAUUUUAUAGAAAAAAUGAACAAAGUAUAACCUUAUUUGUAUAUACAGCUAAAGACCACAGAUGAAAAGGUUUAGGUUUUUUAAAAUUUAAGAAAAAAUUCCAUAUCUCAAAAACGGUGACACUUUUAUAUAGGUAAGUUUUUGUUAUUUUUGAGGUCAGCCCAAAGCCUACCUUAUCCUUAAGUUUGUCGUGGUACUUAUUCGACACCCUGUAUACAGUUUCUAUCUUCUUUGGACAUAAUUUGCAAACAUAUAUAUUAUCAUCAAGUAUAGUAUAUACUUUAAAUAAUUAAAUUUAUUUUAAUUAUCUGAAAACAUGCUUAUUCGUUUACAGCCAGUGACCUCGCUUGUAUGUAUCAUAGAUUGCGUACACCUACCUUCGUGAUAUCUGUUUUUUUAAUGUACCUUAAUCUGUAUAUAUGUUUAAGUAUAUUUAUUUUGCUCAUAAUAUUGUUUGAAAGCACGUCAUUUUGUGUGGUAGAGAGGAAAUGUAUAUAUGUAAUGUGUUGAAUAAAAAAAGUUUUUUGUGCACGAACAUAUUUUAUUAUACC